AUUAGCUUUGUUUAUAAAAUUAUACUCUGUUAAUUAAUUCUUAUCAAUGUUGAUCGAGAAAAAACUAAUGUGAAUAAUAAUUAUGGAUAACAAGCCCUCGUUAAGUCAAUACUUCAAGAGUUCCGAGGUGCCGCCCGCAUCUCAGUUUUUCGACGAAAUCGGAACAUCGCCGUCUGAGAUGAUUCAAAGUGUUUAUUUGGGAGAAAACGAAGCCAAUACAACUAAGACGACGAAUAUUUUCACACAGAAUGUAACUACAUCGUUUGCGCAGACUAAAGUGACCCAGGAGCUUACUUUUGGGACAGUUUUACCUACUGUUAGUGGGUCUACGCCUAUCCCUGCUACCAGUCUGCCAGAUCCUUCAACAUUCUUUGAUACUAUUGGGCCUGAACCCCAAUUGGGAUCCAGUAAGAGUACUAUCGCAGUCCCACCAGCUUUAAUCACUGAAGCAAUAGAUGGAUUGAGUAUUAAGAACCAACCUGUGGAUAAGGAAGCUGACAGACGCAGAGAUGCGUGGAUACCUAAUGAAGAAGCUAAGAAAACUUUGUUAAAGGCUCAAUCAUCGCCCGCUGGAUCAUUCUUUCCUGAGCGAGAAGUACUUACUAUGCCAGGUUUGGUCCUGGAAGAAGAAUUGGCAGAUGCACUACAAGAAGUGGCAGUGAAGUACCUUGGCGUCAGUUCUGCGGGUAGUCGCGGCGUGGUGCGCGCGGAGCAUGUCAGCAGGGAUGAGGCCGGCUUGAGAGAACUGCUUCGCACAGGAUACCUCAGAGCGGCCGUUAAUCUAACUGCUACAUUGUUAUCAGCUGCUGGACAAGGGGUGGGUCGUAUGCACCGUCCAACAAAGCACACUCCCCGCUCGCUGCAGCUUUGGCUGACGAGGUUCGCGGUCAUGCUGAGAAUAAAACUGCACGAGCCACUACUCGAAGAGGCUGAACCAUUUGGAGAUCUCAGUAAACCGGAUAUGUUUUAUCAGUUUUAUCCGGAGGCAUAUGAGAAUCGAACUGGUUCUUUAGUACCUUUUUCCUUGCGACUUCUAAUCGCUGAGUUGCCAGGACACGUGGGAAAACCGGAGGAGGCAGCUGAUCGUCUUUACAUUAUGUUGGAUAUUAUACAGCAGAUGUUAUCAAAUCUCCAGCAAGGGAAGACAGAAGAUGGUUCAGGAACUAUAACGGAGCAGGAUAAAAUGGAAUCAGUCAGAUUGUGGACUGGCAGACAAACUAGAGUGUUGCAUUCUAUAGUUAAUUGUGCGAUUGCCCUAAAGGACUAUCGUUUAGCGAGUAAGAUAUUGGUAUCUCUUCACAAGCAAGCUCCCUCAGCAGCACAGAAGAGGGCGCUGGCGAGCGCGCUCUGCCGCCUGUGGCUGCUGGCUGGCCAUCUGAAAGCUGCUAUGCUACAUCUAGAAGAUGCUAGAGAGACGAGACAUCAAUUAUGUCCAACGCCAGAUGUGAGGGAGUAUGUAGACUUGGGACUGAUCGAUAUCGCGUACGGGAAGUACCAAGAUGCAUAUAAUAACUUCGCUAGAGCUGCGGAACAGGAGCCUACAAAUAUUAUGGUUGCCAAUAAUUUAUCCGUCUGUCUUCUCUACAUGGGUCGCUUGAAGGAAGCCAUCGCUGUAUUACAAAAGGCCAUCAACUCCGACCCCGAGAGAGGCCUCAAUGAAAGCCUAUUGAUAAACCUUUGCACACUUUAUGAGUUAGAAUCAUCUAAAACCAACGAGAAAAAAUUAAACCUUCUAAGAAUGUUGUGCAAACAUAAAAGUGAUACAAUACCCAAUGUAUUAGAAUGCUUAAAGCUUACUUAAGUUAUUUAUAGCUUAAGUUGUCAUGAUACAAGUCAAAAGUAAUUAUGUAAGAAAAAUUGUUACGGCUAAUUGUAUGAUUAUUGUUUAAUUUGAGAUA